AACGCGGUGCCUUGUACAUACUUCAGCAACAACAGCAUAUUCUUCCAGUCGCGUGUGUCCACCGAUGCGACUAUAUAUCUGUUGAUUGAGUUGCCUCCUAAUCACAAAGAACUCCACCCAUAUAAUAACACCGCCGAGACCCCCAGGCCGCGAGAUACUCAACUUCACCGCCCGCAACGCGAACUACAGUAGCCACCAGCCAUGUCGUCAGCGGAGGAGACACCCAUCAAGCAAGAUGCUGCUGCCGGAGAGACACCAUCAGACUCAAUCGAGCAAUCUCAGGUCGAUGGCAGCGGCCCGGAGGGCAAUGGCUCUGAACUGACCGACACUAAGUUCAAUGUCGAGGUCAAGCUUGCCGACUUGCAGGCUGACCCCAACAACCCUCUGUUCUCAGUCAAGUCGUUCGAAGAUCUACAACUUUCCGAGGCACUCCUUAAAGGCAUCCGCAACAUGAACUUCCGCAAACCGUCCAAAGUUCAAGAAAAGGCUUUGCCUCUACUUCUGUUGAAUCCACCAACGAACAUGAUUGCGCAAUCUCAGUCCGGAACUGGCAAGACUGCCGCCUUUUCGCUCAAUAUUCUUUCCCGUAUCGACCUCUCCAACCCCGAACCCCAAGCGUUGGCACUCGCGCCCAGUCGAGAGCUUGCUCGUCAGAUUUUGGGUGUCAUCACUCAUAUGGGACAGUUCAUGGACGGACUCAAGACCAUGGCUGCUAUUCCUGACCCGUCACGCAGGGGACAGCAGUUUAACGCGCAGGUCUUAGUUGGCACACCAGGAACAGUCCAGGACAUGCUCAGGCGGCGGUUGAUCAACUCCAAGUACAUCAAGAUCCUCGUCUUGGACGAGGCGGACAACAUGCUGGAUCAGCAGGGUCUGGGUGACCAAUGUACCCGUGUCAAGGCACUGCUACCCAAGGAUAUUCAGACUGUUCUCUUCUCCGCUACCUUCCCGCCCAAUGUCAUCGCAUAUGCGAAGCGCUUCGCACCUAACGCAAACACGCUCACUCUGGCACACGAGGAGUUGACCAUUGAAGGUAUCAAGCAACUGUACAUUGACAUCGACAAGGACAACGACAAGUACGCCACUCUGCUCAAGUUCUAUGGCCUGAUGACACAAGCUUCGUCCAUCAUUUUCGUGCGUACACGAAAGACUGCUGAGGAGCUGGAGCAGCGCAUGGUGGCCGAGGGCCACAAGGUCGCGCAACUGAGCGGUGCUCUCGAGGGUCCCGAGCGUGACCGUAUCAUUGACCAGUUCCGUUCUGGUGAAGCCAAGGUUCUCAUUACUACCAACGUCCUCGCGCGUGGUAUCGAUGUACAGUCCGUCACCAUGGUUAUCAACUAUGAUGUUCCGACCAUGGCGAACGGCAUCGAUGCAGACCCCGAAACCUACCUCCACCGCAUUGGUCGUACCGGUCGUUUUGGACGUGUCGGUGUUGCUUUGACCUUUGUACACGACAAGGCAAGCUGGCAGCAACUGCACGCGAUCGCAUCAUACUUCAGGACCGACCUACACCCCAUCGAUACAUCAGACUGGGACGCUGUCGAAGAGAUGAUUCAGACCGUUAUCAAGUCCUCACGAGCCGGAAAGACGACGGAAGAGAUGACGGAAAUGAUUACCAAGGGAUCAUAAAAUGGUUUGGGCAUGGAAGAAUUUAUGACGUCAGGACUAGGUUGCAGGUGCUUGUAGGAUAUAUGUGUUCGAUCUACAGGACUGGCACAGGUUUGUAUCUGCAAGAGACGACAUUUUGCGGUGAAUGCAUAUGUGGGAGUUCGGACGAAGAAGGAAAAAAGGAAAGGCAUUACGUACGAGGGAAAUGAAUCAAAGAUACCCAAACUUAAAGCAAGCAAGCAAGCGAGUUUACU